AUUUGCUUGAUGUUUACUUACUGACAUUGAGCGCUUAGAUCGUUAAAAGCCAAGAACUUCUUAAACUGAUUCUUCAAAAUGGGAGACAAUGCGCCUAUAGCGGAUCCAGAGAUCAAAUACACUCAGAUCUUUAUUAACAAUGAGUUCGUAAAGUCUGUCAGUGGUAAAACGUUCCCCACCAACAACCCCUGCACAGGGGAACCCAUUGUGCAGAUACAGGAGGGAGAUAAAGCAGAUGUAGAUAAAGCAGUCAGCGCUGCCAAAGCUGCUUUUAAACUUGGGUCACCAUGGCGAAGAAUGGAUGCUUCUCAGAGAGGACGCCUUCUGAAUAAACUUGCUGACACCAUUGAAAGAGAUGGUCGCCAACUUGCGAGCUUAGAGACAUUGGACAAUGGAAAACCCUUUGGAUAUGCUUUUAACUUUGACCUAGUAUUUGCCAUCAAAGUUCUUCGAUACUAUGCAGGAUGGGCAGAUAAGAUUGUUGGUCAGACUAUUCCCUCGGAUGGCGACUUCUUCACUUACACCAGACAUGAACCCAUUGGUGUAUGUGGUCAGAUCAUUCCCUGGAAUUUUCCAUUGUUGAUGAUGUCAUGGAAGAUAGCGCCUGCCUUGGCUUGUGGAAACACUUUGGUGCUGAAGCCCGCAGAACAGACGCCAUUGACGGCGCUCUUUGUGUGCGCCCUAGUAAAAGAGGUAGGGUUCCCCCCUGGAGUUGUUAACGUAGUUCCCGGCUAUGGACCUACUGCGGGGGCAGCCAUUUCUAACCACAUGGACGUCGACAAGAUUGCAUUCACUGGAUCAACUGAAGUGGGACGUUUGAUACUAGAGGCAGCUGGCAAAUCCAACCUAAAGGAAGUCUCACUAGAGCUCGGUGGGAAGAGUCCGAAUAUCAUUUUCGCCGAUGCGGAUCUGGCGGAUGCAGUAGAAUGGUCGCAUAAUGCUCUGUUCGCCAAUAGUGGCCAGGCAUGCUCUGCAGGGUCCAGGACAUACGUGGAAGAGAGCAUUUAUGAAGAGUUUGUGAAACGCUCGGUCGAGAGAGCAAAGACAAGGAAGAUUGGCAAUCCUCUUGAUGCAGACACAGAAUCUGGACCACAGAUUGAUGAGGAGCAGUUCAACAAGAUUCUGGAACUGAUCAAGAGCGGGGAAGAAGAGGGCGCAAAGAUGCACUGUGGAGGAAAACGAUUCGGAGACAAGGGAUAUUUCAUUGAGUCUACUGUAUUUUCUGACGUAACCGAUGAUAUGAGAAUCGCCAGAGAAGAGAUUUUUGGACCCGUUAUGCAAAUCAUCAAAUUUAAAGAUAUAGAUGAAGUUAUCCCGCGUGCAAAUGAUACAUCAUAUGGCCUAGCGGCUGCAGUCUUCACCAAGGACAUCAAUAAAGCAAUAACUAUUGCCAACAGUGUGCAGGCUGGUUCUGUAUUUGUGAAUUGCUACAACAGCCUUAGUGCCAACACUCCAUUUGGUGGCUUCAAGGAGUCAGGAAUAGGACGUGAAUUGGGAAGUUAUGGAAUAGAACACUAUUCUGAAGUGAAGACCGUUACAAUCAAGAUACCACAGAAAAAUUCAUAAUCACCGAGGAGCUGACUUUCACACUGAUAAAAUACAUGUACUGUAAUGAUGGAUAAUCACUUUGACAAUCACUUUGAAUUUCUGGGGGUUUGAGUAGUUGGGAAAUGGGGAAUUUGAGAUGGUGAAUUAGAAAUGUGCCUGUUAAAGGUUUUUAAAGGUUAAUAUUUUGGCUAUAGAAAUCUGAAAUAUCAAAAAAUUCCAGCUUGUAACCCUUCUUAUUUUGAAGACAUUCAAGUCACGGUUACAUAAUAGGAAGAUUGACUUUAUUGUUCUUGAACUCCUCUGCAGGGGGUCUUUUGAAGAUU